AUGGGGGGUUGCCACGAGGAGGGGGAAGCUACGGAGGAAAGUCACGAGCAGGGGGGAGCCACGAGCGGGUACCGUCGAGUACCAAUAAAGGUCUACAGCCUAGGAUCUGAAGUGGCAGCUGGAGGGCUACCAUUUGUGUUAUCGAGUGAGGACGUAUUACCAUUGAGACAUACCGCAAAGCGACCUACACGCAGCGGCGGGGCUCAUACCCCGCCUGCGCAGUAA